GGUUACGUCGGCUACAGCAGUGUCAUGCUAGGGGACGUUAGAGGAAACAGAGUCCUGCGGUGUUGCUGAAUGUCAUCAUGUGAAGGAGUGGAGAGGAAGGAUAAAUACGAGGAACGAAAUUAAACCAACCAUUCCGAAGACAACACCGAGAAUGGACGAGUCUCCUCAACAAGCGCCGCUGUUUACAUUCGGCGUGAUAGCCGACGUUCAGUACGCAGACCUCGACGACGGGUACAACUACAAGCGGACUAACAGGAGGUAUUACCGAACCAGUCUCCGGCUGCUGAGGAAUGCCGUGGAAAGUUGGUCCGAGUCGUCGGCUGUCAAGCCGGAGUUCAUCCUCCAGCUGGGGGACAUCAUCGACGGCUUCAACAGGGGCCGCGGCGCCUCUGAGCGGGCGCUGGACGCCGUCCUGGGAGAGCUGAGCCCCGGCCCCGCGGAGGUGCACCACGUGUGGGGCAACCACGAGUUUUAUAACUUCAGCAGGAGCGAGCUGCUGCGCUCCAAGCUCAACACCACCCUGCACAGUGACAGGAGACUGAGCGGAGUCCCGACGCGGCCUGACAUCUACGCCUACCACUUCAGCCCGUUCCCCGGGUUCACGUUUGUUGUGCUGGACGCCUAUGACGUGAGCCUGCUGGGUGUGGAGGAGUCCAGUGAACGCUACAGCAACGCUAUGAAUCUCAUCAAGCAGCACAACAACAACAAAGACCUCAACUGCCCCCCAGAGGAGGGUGGCAUGAAGCAGAGGUUUACCAUGUUCAACGGCGGCUUCAGCAAGGAUCAGCUGAGCUGGCUAGAUUCAGUGCUUUCCUUGGCUGAUGAGAAACAGGAAAGAGUCACUAUUGUCAGUCACCUCCCUGUUCACCCCUGCUCCACAGAACCUGUUUGCCUUGCGUGGAACUACGACGAGCUCCUGGCCAUCAUGCGCUCCCACAGCAGCGUGGUGUGUUACAUGGCCGGACACGACCACGAAGGCGGAUACUGCCGAGAUCAAGACACUGGAGUGCACCACCUGACGCUAGAGGGGGUGAUUGAGACUCCGCCUGACAGCAACGCCUUCGGCACGGUGUCCGUCUACAAGGACAGGAUGGUGAUGGAGGGGAAGGGGAGGAUAAAGGAUCGAGUGUUCCCAUUCCCACCAUGUCAAACUGACGUUGAAAAUGGGGUGGUAUAACACAUGGGCUUUCAAUCUUAAAACGGGAAGUGCUUUCUUUUUGUAGUGUAAAUAACAGGGACAAAAUCCACAGAUGAGAUGAGUCAUCUUCAUCUUGCUGGAGUUUUUUUUUUUAUAGACUGGUUAACUGCACCUGGUUGUCUUCCAGGCCGGAGUAGGUUAAAGAGGAAUGUUUUAAAAUAUCCUAACAACCCUGAUUCUGUGGGUUGGUAUAGAUUGCGGUAAAGUGGUAUUUCAUUAUCAAAUUGCCUUUUUGUGGUUCCUUGACUUGUAACUAGGUUCCUUUUAAAUUUGGUGCCAAAAUUUAAUGAAAUUUAAAGAAGAUUAGAGUUUGUUUCUGACAAAAUCAUUUUCAUUUGAAGUGUUGCACAGACGUAGGGCUGUGGAUUUUGUCCCCACUGUUAUGAAUGGACACUAGGAAUGAGAUUGUGUAACAACCACCGUGACCAGGCUCAGGUUCUACAUCCACAACAAUAGUUUUCAGACAAACUUGAAAAAUUGUGAUCAGUCCUUUGAGAUUAAACAUUGUGCUGAUCUGUGAAGAGAACUUAGAGGAUGUUUGGUGCAUUCUCUGAAGAAGUCAGGGGAUUUCAUCAGUCACUUUACAGGAAGAACAAGUACCUGUAUUUGUCUUCCAUCCCAUAGUAUAGACCUUUAUGGUUUGAGCUGAGAAAAAGCAUUGACAAUGUAUGGAAUUCUUAAAUUUUUGAAGCAGCAUGACUUUCAACUUCUUUUGUUACCUCUCAAGGCCAAGGUGGGACUACUUCACAAAUAGAGUACCUCAUAUAAUUUAUUGCACUAGUUUUUAUUUUAUUUUCUUAAACUAUGAGUGUGAAUUAUAUUUUACACACUGAUUCUGUUUUAAACUUGAGGUUAAAUGAUAACAGUUGCACUUAUUCCCAAAGGUUUCAAGAAAUGGUUUUGUGCUGGAACUGCUUUUUGCAUGUUGCUUAUAGCACAUGGUUAUUUCUGGAGUGUUAUGCUGUGUGUUGCUUCAUUAUGCCUUAUGUGGUUUUCAGGUGAUAAGAUGAGCAAAUCUGUAUGAUUUACUGUCUAAUGCAAUGAUAUAAUUAAUAAAAAUCCUGAUAUGAUAA